CCCUUUUGGCAGGCGAAACAAAAUGUCUUCCUUGUUGUGUUUCGGUUCUGCCCAAGUUUUAAACUAAAUUGCAAUUUUGAAAGCUUCUUUGAACAAGAAAACGAAACAAAGUCUGGUGAUGACUGCAGAAACCAAAAAACUCCAGUCCCAACUCAGCAGAGGAGAAUCCACAGCUCUAGAUGAUGACAAGGAAAGCAGUUAUUCUGGUGAGCUACCACAGCUUAAAGGUGAAAAGCUCCAAGCUCAAGCCAAAGAUGUAACAUAUCUAUGUCCGUUUAGUGGGCCUGUUAGAGGUCAUCUCUACGUAACCAAUUAUAGGUUGUUCUUUAAAGCAGAUGAUGAUCCACCAUUCUCUGUAGAAGUGCCAUUGUGCACAAUUUUUCGUAUUGAAAAAAUUGGAGGAACUACAAGUAGAGGUGAAAAUGCAUAUGGACUUGAGAUUUCCUGCAAGGAUAUGCGAAAUUUACGUUUUGCACACAAGCAAGAAAACCACUCAAGGCGUGUAGUGUAUGACAGACUUAUGCAAUAUGCUUUUCCUGCAUCAACAGGAAAGCCAUUUUUUGCAUUCUCAUUGAAAGAAGAAUAUGAAAACAAUGGAUGGGAAGUUUUUGAUUGUGAAAGUGAAUUUCAAAGACAGGGACUUCCUACUGACUGUUGGCAUAUCACUAAAAUCAAUGAAAGAUAUGAGCUUUGUGAUACAUACCCAGCUUUGCUUGGUGUACCAUCAUCGGUCACAGAUGAAGAUAUCAAGAAAGUUGCUUUAUUCAGGAGCCGAGGACGUCUUCCAGUGUUAUCAUGGCUCCAUCCAAACAAUAAUGCAUCCAUUACCAGGGCAAGUCAACCAACUGCUGGACUUCUAAACAAAACCAGAAACAAAGAUGAUGAAAAGUACUUUCAGGCAAUAUUAGAUGCCAAUCCUCAGUGUCACAAACUUCUUAUCAUGGAUGCACGUCCCAGAAUUAAUGCAUUUGCUAAUCAGGCUAAGGGUGGGGGAUAUGAAACAGAGGAAAACUAUCAAAAUACAGAAGUUAUUUUCUUGGACAUUGCAAAUAUCCAUGUUAUGAGAGAAAGUUUAAGAAAACUUAAAGAUAUCUGCUUUCCCACUAUUGAUGAUGCACACUGGUUAACAAAUCUAGAAAACACUCAUUGGUUAGACUAUAUAAAGAUAAUCUUGGCAGGAGCUGUUCGUAUUGCUGAUGCUGUCGAUAGGUGCAGAACUUCAGUAGUAGUACAUUGUAGUGAUGGAUGGGAUAGAACAUCACAAUUGACAGCUCUUGCAAUGCUACUCUUGGAUCCAUACUACAGAUCAAUCACAGGUUUUGAGGUACUUAUCGAGAAAGAAUGGCUAUCAUUUGGACACAAGUUCAGUCAGCGUUAUGGCCAUGGGGACAAGAACUAUGCUGAUGACCAAAGGUCUCCAGUGUUUCUCCAGUUUAUUGACUGUGUUUGGCAGGUCACUAGACAAUUUCCCUGUGCAUUUGAAUUCAAUGAAACCUUUCUUAUCACUGUAUUGGACCAUCUGUACAGUUGUAUGUUUGGCACUUUCCUUCAUAACUGUGAAGCACAAAGAGAGAAAGACGAAUUAAAAGUCAAGACUAAUUCGUUAUGGUCAUAUAUCAAUUCCAAUAUCCUUGAGUUCAAAAACCCUUUGUAUGCACCAUAUCUCCACCAGCAUGUUUUAUUUCCCGUUCCAAGCAUGCGUAGACUUGAACUGUGGACUCACUAUUACAUCAGAUGGAACCCACGAAUGCAGGCCCAGGAAUCUGAGGAGCAAAGAAAUAGGGAGUUGUAUUUCCUAUGUGAACAGCUUCGUGGUAAAUGUGACAAACUACAGCAAGAGAUUGAUUCUCGCAUGACAGACUUGGAGGUUCCUUCUUCACCGGAUGCUGUGUCUGUACACAGCAGUAAUUCAAACACACAGUGGACAGCCUCUGCCGUAUAGAAUAUCAAUUGUUAAAUAUAAUUCCUGUAGGAAUCAUAAAUGAUCGUUUUAAAAUUUCCACAUUGUUGGAUAAAAUAACAAUUCUGAACUUACUAUUUCAACAGUCUCACAGAUACUUAUCUGCACAAGUGAAACUGACCCUAUAGUACACACAUGCUAGGGUAUUAACUUUACGAGGGUCUGUAAGGGGACAGGCAGCCCGCCACUAAGAACGGCUGACUAGUCUAUAAGUUACCUUUCAUUCAGCGAAAUUGGUACAUUAUAUAAAUUAUUUUAGUGAUUAUGUAUUAUAAUAUUGUACGAUUAAAGCAUGGAUGUGCAGAAAGAUUAUCAUGUAAGAAUAAAGAAUUUGAGCCAUGUUA